CGCUAAGGCGGCGGCCGCCGGUAACAGCGGGCGAGGAGUUAUGAGUUACCCCGGGCAGAGGCGGCCGCUGUCGGUGCCCCCGGCAGGCCCGGGCCCCUCCCGCCGAGCGCCCGCCCCGCCGGGGAACGGGGGCAAAGCCGGUAGCGGGGGGCUGAUCUGUACGAACAAGGAGAAAAAAAAAAGGGGGGGGGGAACUAGGAGUAAGGAAGGGCUACGAAUAAGUACUUAAAAAACCCCAAGAGCCCUGCGCUGCGCUGAGAGCCGCUGCCCCGCUCCCCCGUCGCGCACCGGGCGUUACGGGCUCCUCGCCCGGCCAGCGGGUAACGGCCGCCCCGGCCCCGGGGGCGCUCCGUGCCCGCCCUGUCAGCCCCGCACCGGCACAGCCGCCUCCCCAGGGCUGAGCCGUGCCCAGCCCCUCCGCACUGGGCGGCACUUGUGCUUUUUAUUUAUUAUUUCUCUAAAUCCCCGGCCGUUUUGCAGCAGCCCGCCCCGUUGGCCACACGGCCCCGCGGAGCCCCCCCGGGGGGGGCCGGGCCGGGCGCUGCGGCGGGGGAGCGCCCCAGGGCGCGGAGCAGACACGCCGCCGCAGCACCGCGGGGGCAGCGCCCGGCCCGGCUCCGCCGCCCCGAGGAUGCUGCGGCUGCUGCUGGUGCUGCUGGUGCUGCCGGGCCCCGCCGCCCCGGCGGCAGAGGAGUAUGGUCUGGAAAUAACCAACAAUGGUCCCAUCACAACGGGAGCUCACGCUACUGUUCAUGCCAGUCUAAGUAUGAAGAAUGACAGUGUCGCGUCAAACUUGUAUCACUUUAACUGGAUUUAUGCUCCUCUGAUUCUGAUCGAGAAAUCCGAGCAGCAGUUUAACUCCGUGAUCAAUGUGACCGGUGAAUUUCCUGGGACUUUCCCUGUAUCUGUCUGGGUGACUCACAGAAACUGUUGGUUAUGUCGGCCGGUCGCUAGAAACGUCACCGUGCUUCAGAUUACAGAAUUUAUCACAGGGAAUCUUAGCAUUGCCCAGAUAGAAGACAGUAGACUUACCACGCGUGGUUCUAGUUCCUCCACGGGCGCCGUGACCCGGAUUUCUUUCUGUCUUCAUGACCCAAGUCAUUACUUCAAGUCAGCAUCAUUUGUCUACAACUGGGAUUUUGGAGAUGGGGUUUAUCAGAUUACCAAGGAACCCUUUGUCUACUAUAACUGCUCUAGCAUGGGGAACCGCACAGUGCAUCUGAAAGUCAUAGCUGAAUGGCAGCAAAUUGGAAGCAUCAUACACGAAAGAGAAACGGUGCAGAAAACCGGUGAUUUUACCACUGCUCUGGAGCUGCUGGAUGCUGUUAAAAGUAUUAAUGUAGUGGGCUCCAGAGAGACUCACGUAAUGGAAAACUUGAGUUUAUCUCUUCAUAUCAAUGGCACCCCGCCGCUGGCUUUGUGCUGGCUGAUAAAGUCCGAGUGCAUCCCACUCGACGGUGAAAAAUGCCAUCUGGUGGUGAUCAACGGCUCCUGCUACAACCUCAGCCAUACCUUCAGGGAUGCGGGACAGUAUUGCCUCAGCGUCAGGGUGGAGAACGGCGUGACCGCGCUGCAGACCUACCACGGAAUAAAAGUGCGGCCGUCAGGGAUCCACCCGGCUCUCUUUGUCCUGCUCUGCAUUGCUCUGGUUUCAGUGACGCUGGGACUGGUGCUGUACACGACCUUUCGAAGUAACACACAACAAAAAGAUCUCGUGGAGGUAGCUGACUUCGACUUUUCUCCACUGUCUGAUAAAAACCUGUCUUCUCAUUCGGAGUCAGGCUGUGGCCAAAUAUGUUGCAGAUCAUGUUUUCUUCGGUCAUCUCAAGAAGCUGCCAGGGAGAGUCAUGAACUUCUACAUUCUUUUUAUAAGCCAGUCAAAACGUACACAGUGUGAAGAACACAAUUGCACUUUGGUUGCACUAACUGCCGAGUUUAACUUUCUCACUUGUGAUGAGUUAAAAGCCCAGUGCUGCAUGAAUGGUUUGGUUUUGCCCAUGCGCUGAGGUUAACCACUUUUAAGUCCAGCACUUGUGUGUUUCCUUCUCUGAACUAAAAAAAAGCAAGCCCUGAAACACAGCUUUGUACUUUUAAAUUAUACGGGUGUAUACAGUUACAGCUGUAAAUGCAGCAUUUUAUUCUUAUGGAUUGUUUUAUGUGCAGGUUUGCUAAACUCACUACCUCUUGUAAUUUCUCUGGUCCUUCUGCUGUCUGUUUCAAAGAAGAAAAUGCUUAAGACAAACAUUCCUCUCUCCUGUGUUACAACAACAUGACUGGAAAUGGAAGUCACCCACAAUGCUGUUGAAUGUCUAUUUGUUCUAAAAAGGAACUGUCUUGUCCAGGUUGAGAAACGCCUAGGUACUUCC